CAGUUUUUUACAGGAUGUACGCCUACUCCCGGCAGCGCCAGCUAAAAGUUAGACAUUCAAUCCCUGACUCAACUCUCAUACCGACUUUGGCGUUGUGGAUCUGACCUCAUUCCCGUGCGGAUAUGGAUAGUCCACCGAUUGUCAUAUCGAGAGAUGAAGUAAAACGUGUCUUGCGUUACAUAGAUCUUAUUCCAAGGUUGGAGUCAGCGCUGGCAAUAUUCUCCAGAAAGAAUAGUUUGGAGAUAAUUCAACCUCUACGGAGCGUGAUCCCCUUGAGCAAAUACAAUGGAUUCCUGGGACUUAUGCCUACGUACAUGGAACAAGAAGGAAUCCUGAGCACUAAGAUGGUGUGUUUUUACAAGAGAGAAGAUGGUUCAACUCUGCCGUCCACACAAGCCACUGUGCUCUUGUUUAAUCCAGAGUAUGGAAAUGUCAAAGCUAUAAUAGAUGGAGAAGUCAUCACCGCUAUGAGAACCGCAGCAGCAUCGGCCAUUUCUGCCAAGUGGUUGAUGCCUGCCCAGGCUGAAGUGUUGGCCAUCCUUGGAACAGGGAAUGAGGCCCUCAGCCACUACAAUGUCUUCACAGAAAUAUUCACUUUUAAAGAGGUGCGUGUGUGGAGCAGAACGAGGGAGAGGGCGGAGGCUUUCAGCCGAUCUGUGGCUGGUCCUGUGAAAGUUUGUGUCACGGUGGAGGAGGCUGUAAAAGAUGCAGACGCUAUAGUGACCGUUACUAGGGCAACCCAACCCAUUUUGUUUGGAAAAUGGAUCAAACCGGGAGCCCAUGUGGCAGCGGUAGGGGCCUGCAGGCCAGAUUGGCGUGAAUUGGACGACGAGUUGAUGAGGGAGGCUGUGGUGUAUGUGGACAGCCGGGAAGGUGCCACAACAGAGUCAGGAGAUGUCAUCCUGUCUGGGGCCACAGUUUUUGCAGAGCUUGGGGAGGUUCUGAAUGAAACGAGACCAGCCCUCAGAGAAAAGACCACAGUAUUCAAAUCACUUGGUUUGGGAAUUGAGGAUGCCGUUUCUGCCAAGCUUGUAUUGGAGCGGUGGGAGGCCACAGAAUAAAUACAGGACUCUGCAAAGAAGGAAUGGUUGCCAUGGAUAUUGUAUUUGGUGCCUUUUUUUUUUUUUAACUCCAGCUACAUAAAAAAAUAUGAUUGUCUCCGAGAAAUUAACUUAAACAUGCAUCUAAAUAGCCCUAUUGUUUUGAACAGGUCAAAUCAGUUGUAGACAUAUACAAGGGACAAUUUUAAAUGAAUUUAUUUGCUUUUUUAAAAAUUCUGCUACAUUGUCAAAAAUAAACACACAUUUAGCAAGA